UUCUGUUGCGCCUGCGCACUUACAAGAUCGGGGGUGUCGCUGGAGCCUUUGAAAUGAAGCGCGUUUUCUCCCUGCUAGAAAAGUCUUGGCUUGGUGCUCCAAUACAAUUUGCCUGGCAAAAAUCAUCAGGAAACUACCUCGCAGUAACAGGAGCUGAUUAUAUUGUUAAAAUCUUUGAUCGCCAUGGCCAAAAAAGAAGUGAAAUUAGUUUGCCUGGCAACUGUGUUACCAUGGAUUGGGAUAAAGAUGGCGAUAUCCUGGCAGUGAUUGCUGAGAAGUCUAGUUGCAUUUAUCUGUGGGAUGCCAACACAAAUAAAACCAGCCAGCUGGACAAUGGCAUGAGGGAUCAAAUGUCUUUCCUUCUUUGGUCAAAAAUGGGAAGUUUCCUGGCUGUUGGGACCAUUAAAGGAAAUCUGCUCAUUUAUAAUCACCAGACAUCUCGAAAGAUUCCUGUUCUUGGAAAGCAUACUAAGAAAAUCACAUGUGGAUGUUGGAAUUCAGAGAAUCUCCUUGCUUUGGGAGGUGAAGAUAAAAUGAUUACAGUUAGUAACCAGGAAGGCGACACAAUAAGACAGACACCAGUGAAAUCAGAGCCAAGCGACAUCAAGUUCUCCACAAGCAAGACUGAUGAGCGAAUUUCUUCUGCGGAGAAUACAAUAAGUGCAGUGGUUGGCAAGAAAAUGCUGUUUCUUUUUAAUCUGAAUGAACCAGAUAACCCGGUGGAGCUGGAGUUUCAGCAAGCCUACGGCAACGUCGUCUGCUAUAGUUGGUAUGGAGAUGGCUACAUCAUGAUUGGCUUUGCCCGAGGGACGUUUUUGGCUAUUUCUACUCACUUUCCGGAAGUUGGGCAAGAGAUAUUUAAGGCUCGUGACCAUAAGGAUAAUCUAACCAGUGUGGCCUUGUCACAGACGCUGAACAAAGCUGCCACAUGCGGCGAUAACUGCAUAAAAAUCCAUGAUCUGACAGAAUUGAGAGACAUGUAUGCUAUAAUUAAUCUGGAUGAUGAGAAUAAAGGGCUGGGUACCUUAUCCUGGACUGAUGAUGGUCAGUUGCUAGCUCUGUCUACCCAAAGAGGCUCCCUGCAUGUCUUCCUGACCAAGUUGCCCAUCCUCGGGGAUGCCUGUCACACAAGGAUUGCGUAUCUCACCUCCCUCCUCGAGGUCACCGUGGCCAACCUCAUUGAAGGAGAGCCGCCAAUCACAGUCUCUGUGGAUGUGGAACCCACCUUUGUCGCAGUAGGGCUCUAUCAUCUGGCCGUGGGGAUGAAUAACCGGGCUUGGUUUUAUGUCCUUGGUGAAAAUGUUGUCAAAAAGUUAAAAGAUGUAGAAUAUCUGGGAACAGUGGCCAGCAUCUGCCUUCAUUCUGACUAUGCUGCUGCACUCUUUGAAGGCAAAAUCCAGUUACAUUUGAUAGAAAAUGAAAUGUUGGAUGCUCAGGAAGAGCGUGAGACGCGGCUCUUUCCAGCAGUGGAUGAUAAGUGCCGGAUUUUAUGCCACUCCCUAACUAGUGAUUUCCUCAUCUACGGAACUGAUACUGGCAUCAUUCACUAUUUCUUCAUCGAAGACUGGCAGUUCGUUAAUGAUUACCGGCAUCCUGUUGGUGUGAAGAAGCUAUUUCCUGAUCCAAAUGGAACCAGAUUGGUUUUCAUUGAUGAAAAGAGUGAUGGAUUUGUUUACUGUCCUGUUAAUGAUGCAACCUAUGAGAUUCCAGACUUCUCACCAACCAUUAAAGGUGUUCUUUGGGAAAACUGGCCAAUGGACAAAGGUGUCUUUAUCGCUUAUGAUGAUGACAAGGUUUAUACAUAUGUGUUUCACAAGGACACCAUCCAAGGAUCCAAGGUUAUUUUGGCUGGCGGCACCAAACUUCCCUUCUCCCAUAAGCCUUUGCUGUUAUACAAUGGAGAACUGACCUGCCAGACACAGAGUGGGAAAAUCAACUCCAUCUACCUCAGCACCCACAGCUUCCUUGGCAGCAUGAAAGACACGGAGCCUACUGACCUGAGGCAGAUGCUGACGCAGACACUGCUGCUCAAGCGGUUUUCUGAUGCUUGGGAUAUAUGCAAGAUGCUAAAUGACCGCACUUCAUGGAGUGAGCUGGCCAGAGCCUGUCUGCAUCACAUGGAGGUUGAGUUUGCUAUCCGCGUGUCCCGGACAAUGGGGGACGUUGGCACAGUGAUGUCGUUGGAACAAAUAAAGGGCAUCGAGGACUACAAUCUUUUGGCAGGACAUCUAGCCAUGUUUACUAAUGACUUCAACCUGGCCCAGGACCUGUACCUGGCAUCCAACUGCCCUGUGGCAGCCCUGGAGAUGCGGCGGGACCUGCAGCACUGGGACAGCGCUCUGCAGCUGGCGAAGCGCCUGGCCCCGGACCAGAUACCCUUCAUAUCCAAGGAGUACGCCAUCCAGCUGGAGUUCACAGGUGAUUAUGUAAACGCUCUGGCUCAUUAUGAGAAGGGCAUCACCGGUGAUAAUAAGGAACACGAUGAAGUGUGCCUAGCCGGAGUGGCUCAGAUGUCCAUUCGAAUGGGGGACAUCCGCAGAGGGGCUAACCAAGCUCUCAAGCACCCCAGCAGGGUCCUCAAAAGAGACUGUGGAGCCAUUCUGGAGAACAUGAAGCAAUUUUCAGAAGCCGCCCAGUUGUACGAGAAGGGCCAAUAUUAUGACAGAGCUGCCUCUGUCUACAUCCGCUGCAAGAACUGGGCAAAAGUUGGCGAACUUCUCCCUCAUGUCUCCUCUCCUAAGAUCCACUUGCAGUAUGCCAAAGCCAAGGAGGCAGACGGGAGGUACAAGGAAGCCGUGGUGGCAUAUGAAAAUGCAAAACAAUGGAACAGUGUCAUCCGCAUCUACCUGGACCACCUCAACAACCCCGAAAAGGCCGUGAGCAUCGUCAGAGAGACCCAGUCUCUGGACGGAGCCAAGAUGGUAGCCAGGUUCUUUCUACAGCUUGGUGACUAUGGGUCUGCCAUCCAGUUUCUGGUCCUGUCCAAAUGUAACCAUGAAGCCUUCACCCUGGCUCAGCAGCACAACAAGAUGGAAAUCUACGCCGACAUCAUUGGUGCUGAAGACACAACUAAUGAAGACUAUCAGAGCAUCGCCUUAUAUUUUGAAGGAGAAAAGAGACAUUUUCAGGCUGGAAAAUUCUUCUUACUGUGUGGCCAAUAUUCACGGGCACUAAAGCACUUCCUGAAAUGCCCAAGCUCAGAAGAUAAUGUGGCAAUAGAAAUGGCAAUCGAAACUGUGGGCCAGGCCAAAGAUGAACUGCUAACCAAUCAGCUGAUAGACCACCUGAUGGGGGAGAGCGAUGGCAUGCCAAAGGACGCCAAGUACCUGUUCCGCUUGUACAUGGCACUAAAACAGUACCGUGAAGCAGCCCGGACCGCCAUCAUCAUCGCCAGAGAAGAGCAGUCUGCAGGGAACUAUCGAAAUGCGCAUGAUGUUCUUUUCAGCAUGUACGCAGAACUUAAAGCCCAGAAGAUCAAGAUCCCCUCCGAAAUGGCCACCAACCUCAUGAUCCUGCACAGUUACAUUCUCGUGAAGAUUCACGUUAAGAGUGGAGACCAUAUGAAGGGGGCGCGCAUGCUCAUUCGGGUGGCCAACAAUAUCAGCAAGUUCCCAUCGCACAUCGUGCCUAUCCUGACAUCUACUGUGAUUGAGUGUCACAGGGCAGGCCUGAAGCACUCUGCCUUCAGCUUUGCAGCUAUGCUGAUGAGACCUGAAUACCGCAACAAAAUCGAUGCCAAGUACAAAAAGAAAAUCGAGGCGAUGGUCAGGAGACCGGACACUUCUGAGUCAGAAGAGCCCACCACCCCAUGUCCAUUCUGCCAGUUUCUUCUCCCGGAAUGUGAGCUCCUCUGUCCCGGCUGUAAAAACAACAUUCCCUACUGCAUAGCAACAGGCCGACACAUGCUGAAAGACGACUGGACAAUGUGCCCACAUUGUGGCUUCCCUGCUCUGUACUCAGAAUUCAAGAUCUUACUAAACAGUGAAAGCACGUGUCCCAUGUGUUCAGAAAGAUUAAACUCCAGUCAACUGAAAAAAAUUACAGACUGCUCGCAGUACCUCCGGACAGAGACGGAAUAGUGAGCGGAGAGCCCAGGUGAAGGCCCCGCCGUGUGCUCUCCUCCCAGGCCCAGAAGCCCCAGUACUACACGGCUUCAUUCUUCAUGUUCAAAUGGACUCCUUUUUGUGUACCAUGUAAUUGUCAAAGUCCAACGGUGCCAACAGGCCUUUUCUUUAUGUAAUAAGGCUUUCCAGGUGGCAACACAGCAUCAUGGAUUCUAACUAGAAUGUAUUUGAUCAAACUAAAGGAGUUAUUUUUAAUCAGCCCCUCCCUUACAACUAGAGCCAGCUUCCUUUAAAUGGGAGCUUUUCGGUUGACUAUACAAAGUUAGACUUCCAGAGAUUUUUGACAUCUGUUUCUUUUCCUAAGUCUCACUUUGACCACACAAAGCUACACACAUACUCCUCCCACUCAUUCCAGUGACAAGGAUUUUUGCAAGAGGGAGUGGAGGGACCCUAACCUGGAAUUCCCUAAAAUGGAAUUCUAGGUCAUGGUCACACACGCAGGCUUGGAGCCAGCUCCAGCCUAUUUGUCUCUUCUAGCUUCUGUGCUGCCUCGAAGACUCGGCCCUUUUGCUGUUCUUGAACGGUGGAACUGUUCUCACAGGGGCUGUAGCAUAAAAUGUGUUUCCUAGUGUAUCUUUCUGGCUCAGUGAGUGUAAAGCAGGGCAGAGCAUCUUUUGUGUCCUUGUCGGCCAUUUGUACAUGUCUCAAAGUUCUUAGUCCAGUUUACAACUAGAUUGCCUUCAUAAGAGUCGAUGUAAGUUUUAUGAUGUAAUACUUGCAAAUAUUUUUUGUGGGCUUUUCACUUUCUUGCUAUCUUCCCAACACACAAAAAUAUCAAACUCAGGUCAUCAGGGCCCCUUUACCCAAUGAGCUAUUUUACAGGUUUUGAAAGCAGGUUUCACUCUAAAUCAGGCUGGCCUUGGCUGUAGUGGUCCUCCUGCUCUGCAGGUUCAAGAUCGCAGGCUUAUGACACCACGCAUCAUCACUUUUUUAUUAGGAUGUUUUGUUUUCUUUUUUUCAGAAGGGCCCCCAAUCUAGUUUGUCUUUUCUUAGUUUUCUGAAUAUUCAAUUUGUCAAAUGAAUUGUGUGAACUGAUAGUAAAAGUUCCCCCACUUUACUCCAGUCCUUUAUCCCAUUUAUAUUGAUUUUUGAGUGCUAAAAUCAACUUUUAUUUGGGGGAUGAACUCAGCUCACCAUGGCGUGGUUUCCAGCUGCCCCUGGCUCGUGGGCUUACCCUAGGUGCACACACAGGGAGGCCCUGACUCUAACCCGACACAUUUCUCUUUCAAAAGACAGCAGCCCCCAGCUGCUUUCCAAAAUCUUGGGGAAUUGGUUGCUUAUUGUAUUCUGUCCCAACUUUACAGCUCUAUCUGUGGAAGAUAAAUGUGUAUCCAUGUUAAUGGAUCCUGCCCUGCAUCAAUGUAAGAUACAUUUUAGAAACCUAAACUGUGUCACAUCAGAACUCCUUGAAGCCAUGUCUUCAGUAGGCUGGGAUUAUGCACUGUCAUGAUGCUGUCUCCUUAUACAGUGACCACUGUUGAAGGUAUUGCUCCCUGGCUGAGAAGGAACCUCUAAUUUCAGAAAAAACAUGUUCUCUCUAGCCUGCCAAGCAGCCUCGACAUUUUCAAAUCCCUCACAGUAAGGUGACUCAUAAGAUAGCAACGUCUCAGUGGCAUGCUAUGUAGCUCUCGGCAGGAAGCUCAAUACUGUCUGUCUGAAAGUCCAAGGAAAUGAGCAGGAAAUCAGAUCUUUCACCAGGCAGGCCAUUUUACCUGAGACCUGUCUAAAUGUUCUGUUUGUCCCUUCCUUAGACAGUGAUCCCAGUAGAUGGCACCUCCCCUGGGAAAGCUGUGUCCACCCCUGGGAGAAUGAUUCUCCUUGGAUACAAAAACAUGAACCAGGCCAGCAUAUUCACCUUCUGCAGUGACACACAGUGACACGAUCUGCUGUUUACUCAAAUUUGUAUAUUUCCUCUUCAAAGUCCUAUAUAUUCUAUGCUCUGUACUAUUAAUAGUAUAUGAAUUGUAAAUACUAAGUUUUUUAAACAACUU